AUGGUAAACUACAGAAACAGGCAUCACGCUGAGCUUGAGCGAUACCGUCAGGAAUUUUAUGCUCAUAACAGGGCAGCACUGCGUCUAGUGGCAAACAACAUCUUGGAAGCAAACCGUGCCAAGGAACAGCAAAGGCAUGCUAGCUUUGAGCAGAAUUCGAUUGGUCACCUUUCUGUGUCCACUGCCUACUAUACAGUGUCUGAUUCAUCAAAACGAUGCUGGGAAGAAGACACAGUAGUCAACUAUUCAACUAUCAACGAGUUUGAUUAUUCCGAUAUCCAACCUAACACUGAUGACUAUUUCAAUGAAAUUUCUGAGGAGCCCAUCAGACGGAAACGAACAGCAGGGGAUGAUCCUUUGCGUGUUUGGCAUUCUGACGCUGAACUUUUUCUCGAAGAAUUCAUUUGUUUGGAGGGCCGUGGAAGUGACACUCGGGAUACCUGCUUCUGUGGCAGUGAUGAAUCACCAUUGUAUAGAUGCAGGGAUUGCCAUGGUACUGAACUCGUGUGUCGUCAAUGUGUUCUACACACACACCAGUGGCAACUAUUUCACCGAAUUGAGUAUUGGAAUGGUUCUUUCUUUCAAAGGACAUCACUCAAAUCCCUUGGCCUACGCAUUCAACUCAGACAUCGCUCCUGCUUGUUUCCCACAACAACCGUCAGGCCCAAGACCGCUGCAACUUUCCGUGCACUCGAAUACUUUCAAAUCCUAUCUUUUGAGUCGAAGUCAUCUGCCCUCGAGUUUUAUCACACUAUCGUACAUUUGACCGACAAUACAGGCAUCCACAUUCCCAAGGAUCACUAUGAAUCUCUUCUACGCAUGAUGCGUGAAUGGCGUUUCUUGAAGCAAAUGAAACAGUUUGGCCAGGGACAUCAUCCCGAAAGCAUGACUGCCACGCAACCUGGUGCAUGUGCGGUGCUGUGUCCGGCUUGCCCCCAUCCCAGAAAGAACUUGCCUGAUGAGUGGGUAAAUGCUCCGCCUGAGUCAAAAUUCUUAUAUGCACUUUUUGUAGCAAUCAAUGCCAAUUUCCGACUCGCUCGGCGUAAUGUUUCGUCAGACACUGUCGAUCCUGGACUCAAUCAUGGUUACACAUUUUUUGUCGAAGAGACAGCAUUCAAGUCUUUCCUCAAUUUGCAUGGACACAUAAUUCAAGAGUUUACUUGGAAAAGCACAUGUUCGAGCCACAACGCAGUCAAUAUGGCUGAUACAAAAGCAUCCCGCGGUCUUGCAGCAACAGGAGCUGGUACCAUUGACUGCGCACAACAUAACUUCAAACAGCCAAACUCGGUUGGUGACUUACAGAAAGGUGAAAGCAUGCUGUCGGCAUCUACCCUCCAAGUCAUCAAUAUUUCCUACGACAUUGCAUGCCAAUGGAGCAAAAAGCUCUGGACGCGCAUGUCCGCAUUCCCUCAGCAGUACCACCUGGAUCACAACUCCAAAACUAUCACCUUUCUGGUUCCAAAGUUCCACCUCCCCGCGCAUGUCUUGAGCUGUCAGACAACAUACUCAUUCAAUUUCAUCAAGGGGGUCAGGAGAACUGACAGUGAAGCACCAGAAUGUGGAUGGGCCGAUAUCAACCCAGUCGCCACUAGUACUCGCGAGAUGGGUCCUGGCUCAAGGCGUGACACCCUCGAUGACCACUUCAACGACUGGAAUUGGAAAAAGGUGUGCUUAAUGGAAUCGUUGAACCUUCACCGUGACUUAAAUGAGUUUGAGGCGGCACUCGAUCCCACCCAGUUAGCUUCUUGGAAGCGCAACAUCGAGGCUUGGGAGUCCGACCAUUCCCAACCAAAUCCCUUCGAACUCAAGGUCACUAUACUUCAAGCUGUCACCCAAGCAUCAGUUCGUUUAGCGUUGUCAAAGGCCGAAAGUGACGAAAUGGAAUGUGGCACAAUUAUGGCUCUCCAUGACGAUGUAUCACCGUCAAUGCUCAUUUCGUCAGGGUUGGAACUUGAAGAUCAGCAGCGGCGUCUUGAGUUUGAAGGCCAUAAAAUCGGACAACACGCCACAGAUUCUCAGCAGGCAACUCUCUUACAACGCAUCAAUUCCCUCCGCCGAUGCAUUGAUACGUGGUCGCGUGUGCAACUGCUGUAUAUGCCAUGCGUGUCACGGCUGCGUUCGUCUGACAACAUCGCUAUGGAACUCAAAGUCCAUAACAUCAAUCUACUUCUCCCCUCAGCAAUACCUACUAGUCUACCCUGUGAGCACCGCUUGCUGGAGUUCAAGUGGGUUUUACGGGAAGCACAGGCAAACGAUGCUCUAAACGACAUUCACAAUGUUGUCAAUUUGAAGUACCACCUAUACAAGCACAAGGACGCAUUUAUUCAAGGCCAACGUGCAAAUACUCGAGCAACUGGCGUGAUCAACAAUGCCGACAAUCAAAUUGACACCCUCGCUGCCAAGUAUAAUGCAGCAAGGGAUGCGCUCAUCAAGCUGGCACCGAGGUUACAGAAGGACAAUGAGUGGCAACUCACUCUCAAGCCACUUGAUCGCACAAAGGAUGCCGUUCCUUUGACACAAGAUGAUGGGACCACUGUUGGCCAGCAACGAGUGUCUUGGAUUUGGAAGACGCCUGGUGUCUCCAACAAUGCUGAAUAUGGCCUACAGGACUCACAUCGAUGGGAAGAAGAAGUGCAGUUGCUGAAUGAAGAAAGGAGGCGGGUGCUAGCCUUUUUCGAGUGGCAAGCUCUCUGGUGGGAGGCGCAGAGCUCACAGCGUGCUUUUGGGUCACCUGAGGCUGCAGAAGGCACAGCUGCAUAUGCACAUCGCCAGGCAUCGCUGCGGCGAAGGUUAGCUUCCCAUUUCAAGCUUAUGUGGGAAGGUAUUUAA